AUGGCGAACAAUCGAAAAUUGGUUAAAUUGUUAUUGGUGGUCAAUAUUGUGUACAUUUGUAUCGGUUUUACAUCGACGAGGUCUCCUAGUCUACAUCAAAAUAAAAAAUUGGCGAUCAAAGCAGAGGAAGUCCAAUCGGUCGAGGCCGAAGCACCUGAAGUAUCGGAAGCAGGAGAGAAUACCGACGAACCGAACGACGUACCACCGGAAAACGGUAGAUUAAACAUGAAACGACGACCCAAUGGCUGCCCGUAUUGCGAUUCUAGUGUGUACAGUUACUGCUCUGACAAAUUAUUGCACGACGCCUGUUGUUGCUUGGAUCCGCACGACACAGAUUUACCAAAUGAAUGUCAAUUCGCAGAUUGUAGUUUUCUUCACUCAAAUACUUGCCGAGAACAUCGUCUGAUUACUGCUUGUUGUUGUAAUCAGUUCCUCGCACAUAAGAAGUAA